UUCCUAUUGUCCAAGAUGGCGGCGUCGGUGCAGCUGCUGUGAUGCUGACAUGUUUUUAAACCACUUUAUCCUUUUACUUCCACAUUUAUGCACACAUUUCACAUUCGGACCGGUAGCUUUCCCUUCCCGGAGCUGUCGCCUGUUCCGUUAUUUUCGCUAACGCUCCUGGAAUUCGUUCUCCGGGCCGCAUUCCCGUUGCAAGGACCGAAAAGUUUGAGCUCCAUCCUCCAGUAAAAUGAAGAGGCAGGCCGCGAGAGAGCCCAGUCCGAGCAGGGCCCUCACCAAGCGGAUACGAGACAGGGAGAGAGAGGGGGCCCGGAGAGAGGAGCUGCCGCCGCCGCCGCUGGCUCUGCUGCUGGCGGAGAGCCGGGGAUACCACCGACGGAGCCGGAGCAGGGAGCGAGAGAAGCCGCGGCUGAGGGAGGAGCGGGCGGCCGCCCUGGAGCUGCACCACCGGCAUGAGCUCAGCCUGCUGGGCCGGCCCCCCCUCCGGAGCACCGCGGCGGAGCUGCCCACCGCCAGAGCCGGCACCCUGGAGUACAAAACCCUGCUGAUCAGUAACCUGGGCUCCCAGGUGUCCGACGAGGACGUGGAGGACGCGUUAUUCCACGAGUUCAAAAAGUUCGGGGACGUGAGUGUGAAGCUGUCGCACACGCCGGAGCUGGGCCGGAUAGCCUACGUCAAUUUCCGGCAUCCGGAGGACGCGAAGGAGGCCCGGCACGCCAAGUCCUCCAGGUUAGUGUUGGGGGACCGACAGUUAAAGAUUGAACCCAUGUACGUGAGGAGGCGGAGUGUGACGCCUCCAGAUGUGGGGGGGUAUCUGCCCCUGCACGCCCCCUACCCCUACAGGCAGAGGUCCCUGUCCCCCCCCCCUGGGCCGGGGGUCAGUAACAUCAGAGACCUGAGAGCCAGGCACUAUGCCCUGGAGACCCUGGGCCUGACCAGGGAGAGGGAGAGGCUGCUGGACUAUUAUGGGAUGCUGGAUGAGAGGGGCCGGCCUUACGGCUUCCCUCCCAUGCCGGUGGUGGAGGAUUUAAAACCUGAGGACGACCAGAGGGCCACCAGUAACCUGUUCAUCGGAAACUUGGACGGUAGUGUCACCGAAGCAGAACUACGCAGGGGCUUUGACAAAUACGGCAUCAUCGAAGACGUGGUGAUUAAACGCCCGGCCCGCGGACAGGGCGGAGCCUAUGCGUUUGUAAAGUUUCAGAACUUGGACAUGGCGCACAGGGCCAAAGUGGCCAUGCAGGGACGUCUGAUCGGGGGCAACCCCAUAAAGAUCGGCUACGGCAAAGCGAACCCCACAACCCGGCUCUGGGUGGGGGGUCUGGGGCCUGGAAACUCCCUGGCCGCCCUGGCUCGAGAGUUUGACCGUUUUGGAAGCAUUAGGAAUAUUGACUACGUUAAAGGGGACAGUUUUGCGUACAUUCAGUAUGAAAGCUUAGACGCCGCCCAGGCCGCCUGCACCCAGAUGAGGGGCUUCCCCUUAGGUGGUCCUGAGCGACGCCUCAGGGUGGACUUCGCUAAAGUGGAGGAGAGCCCGUCCCGUCCUUUUCCUCCUGGUUACCAGCCCCCCGUUCCCCUCCCCUCCCACUACGACGUCCUGGGUGAAGCGUACAGCCGCCACCGCAGCCUGGAACGGGAGAUGAGGGGGGCCAGGGACCGCUCCUCGCCGCCCUCCCACAACCCCCUGUCCCAGAGGGAGAGGGAGAGGGCCCUCCUGGAGAGGGACUUCCCCAGCAGCCCCACCCGCAGCCUGGACAGGAGGGUGGGAGCGGUGGAGGCGUUCGGGAGGCGAGGAGCCAGGAGCCGCAGCCGGAGCCGGGAACGCUGGCUGAAGGAGCGGGAGGAGAGGAGGAGCAGGAGGAGGAGCCGGAGCAGGAGUCUGUCUGCUGAUAGGCCGGCCGAGGACAGGGACAGAGAGCGGGACAAGGAGAGGGGGCGCUCAAGGGUUCGAGGGCAGGGGGGGGCGCUGUCUCCUGACGCCAGCCCCGACAGAGCGCGGGUCCGAGCCCCGGACUCCACCACGGAGCCCCGGGACCACUCCCCAGAUAGCGGCGGCGGCGGGCGUCACUCCGCCGCCGCUGAUGAAGACCCCCCCUCUGGGCGCCAUCACAGCAAACGGACGUCCAACGACCACCUGAACAACCAUCACCAUAGAAACAGCGAUGCCGUGAACGCCGCCUCUCCUGCCAUCCACACGGACACGCACAGCUCCUCCUCCUCUCCCAGCUCGCUGUCGGAGUUCGCCCAGGCCACGCUUUCCAAAAUGUGGCACGGCUUCUUCGCCCUGAAGAACAGCAGCUUCCCCACAGACCUGUUCCUGCUGGAGGGGGGGUCGGCCUUCUUCAACAGCGUGAUGAAGGACAGUCUGAAGCAGCAGAGCCAGAACCAGCCCAGCCAGCUGAAGAUCGCACAGAGGCUGCGCAUGGACCAGACCCGACUGGACGAGGUGUCCCGGCGGAUCAAACUGGGCCGACCCGACGGCUUCUCCAUCCUGUUGGCUCUGCAGGGGCCCGUGGACCGCCAGGCCCCCGCCCCGGAGCCCGGGCUGCAGGUGCGCCUGCUUCGCCACCUGGUCACCUACCUACGCAACAAGGAGGCGGCCGGCGUGGUGAGUCUGCCCGCUGCCAAAGAGGGGGGGCCGGGGGCCAUGCUGUACGCCUUCCCCCCCGGAGAGUUCUCCCAACAGUACCUGCAGGCGGCCAAAAGGACUGUGGGUAAUCUGGACGAGGAACACAUGGUGAUUGUGAUCGUCAGUGACACUAACUGAACACUGCGUGUACAGACGCUCAUAAAGGCAGAGGUUCUACAAACACUUCCAUGUUUUUAGACGAUGCAUUUGAACAUUUUACUCAGUAUUUUAUCAGUGAA